GGCGGAAAAGGGCGGAAACCAGUGACUUGAACAACGAUCUGUUGAUCGAUCGCUCAUCCAUAAAUUGGACCUCCACCUCGACUUUGCAGACCGUGACGGUUGCAAAAUACAAAAAUGAUCAUCAGCAAACAAGUCGUCCGCUCCAGCUCAGCUGACUUGCCUCCACACCGGCCUGAUAUGGCGACGAAUAAUGAUUGCAGUGUCGACUCCUGGCUAAUCACACAACAGGAUCCUCACAUGAGAGACCGCCACCUCCAAUUCGGGGCUCCGUGUGGCCACAUUAUCCCCCGGUGAGCCAUGUCCUCACACGGUAGACGCAGCCCUGCAGGACCUCACUUCUGAUCCGAUGAACCGACCAGCGCUCAAUAUUUGCGCACUCGCUGCGUUCCCUCGAGGCUAUAAGAGCUUGGUUGAGACGCACUCCAUAUUGAAGACGGGUCCUCCUUCUUCUUUCAUAUCCACAGUCUCAGGACAUCCCGCCAAGACUCUCGCCCAUUUAUUUCAGCAGUCCUUCGCGGCGACAAAGGCUCCUUCUCUGUCAGAAGAUCGUAUAUAGAGACGAUCGUCCAUUCAAGAUGGCUGAGAAGAAAUCUGAAGGUUCUUCUUCUGAUCAUGCCAGUAUAGAGAAGUCCAGCGCGCAGCGCAUUGAAGUCGCGGAUGUGUAUGACUUUGGUGGUGAUACGACCCUCCCACCACCGCCGAAACUCACUCCUGAACAGGAGAAGAAACUAUGGCGGAAGAUCGAUAUGAGGCUGAUGCCUAUUCUUACUCUCAUGUAUCUCUUUUCCUUCUUGGAUCGAGGCAAUAUCGGAAAUGCGAAGCUUCAAGGUCUGACGACGCAGCUUAACCUCACUGGAAACAAAUACAACAUUGCACUCACAAUGUACUUCGUUCCUUACUGCUUGUUUGAGUGUCCUGCCAACCUCGUGUUGAAAAAAUUCCGUCCUUCAAGAUGGCUGCCAGGGAUCACAAUCACUUGGGGUAUCAUCAUGACACUCAUGGGCUUGGUUAAGAACUACCCACAACUCGUCGGUACACGUGUGGUAUUGGGUGUAACUGAAGCAGGCCUAUUCCCCGGAGUCGUAUACUACUUGACGUUGUGGUACCCAAGGCAUAUGCUUCAGUUCAGAGUUGGUAUCUUUUAUGGUGGAGCUACUGUAGCUGGCGCCUUUUCUGGUCUCCUAGCCUUCGCAAUCUCAUUCAUGAGCGGGACAGACGGCAUGUUAGGCUGGUCUUGGAUCUUCAUCAUUGAAGGUAUUGCAACAGUCGCAGUCGGCAUCCUCGCCUUCUUCGUCCUGGUCGACUUCCCAUCCACAGCUACGUUCCUAACACCCGAGGAACGUGCAUUUGUAGUUUGGAGGAAGAAGUACGAUAACUCGUCUGUAGGCGAGGAAGAGCAUUUUGCGAUCAGGCACGUCUGGCAGGCCUUCUCGGACUGGCAGGUAUGGCUGCACAUUCUUAUAUAUAUGUCGAUCAUCGGGCCUUUGUAUGGCAUCUCGCUGUUCCUCCCGUCCAUCAUCAAUGGCUUCGGCUUCAAUACAGCGAUCAGUCAACUGCUCACAGUUCCUCCAUACGUCUUCGCAACGAUCGUCUUGAUUGUAUUCGCAAUCUGGUCCGACCGGAUCCAAAAACGUUCACCGUUCAUUCUGGCUGGACUUAUAAUGUGCCUCAUUGGAUUCGCCAUCAAUAUCUCCGAAGCACCUAUCGGCGUGAAGUACUUUGGUACUUUCUUCUGUGUCAGUGGUAGUUAUGCUGCCUUCCCUGGUAUCGUAGCUUGGCUCGGAAACAACCUCGCGGGGCAAUACAAGCGCGGUGUUGGUAUGGCUUUGCAUAUCGGUAUCGGUAACUUUGCAGGAGCCAUCGCCUCGAACAUAUACCGCACGCAGGACGCUCCUCGAUACAUAAUCGGACACGGCGUGGAACUCAUGUUCGUUGGAAUCGGUUUUAUCACCCUUCCGCUGGCCGUUGUGAUUUAUACGCGAAUCAACGCGAAACGCGACGCUUAUGAGAAGGAGAUGGAGGAGAAAGGAAUCAAGUAUACUACGCAGGAACUGCGUAAGCUAGGCGAUCGUGCACCUGAUUUCAGGUACAUUUUGUAAGGUCUUACCACACCCAACUCGUAUUCUAGUGUAUUUUGUAUUGUGUUGUAGAGAGGCGAUGAUUGCAUUCAUGUAGCAUUAUUUUUCCUCUUUUCAUAUCCUCGUGUAUAGUCGUCGGAAGACAGACACUUUCGUGAGCAAGCGUAAGAACUUGUCAUUUUCUGAAUUUGAAUAUUUAUAUGUUCGGGCGCCUGAAUGCGGUUUGGUUGA